UCGCAUGGUUUAGAAGAAGAAAAGAAAGAAAUAUAUUUGCACCAUCUGUCUCUAAUUCUCUUUUAGAUACGUUGACAUUAAGAAGUGCAUCCAAAAAAUGUAAGGAUUAAACUUCCUAGUAUAAGUACCGUAACCUUCAGACCUUGCAGACUGGCAGCCUCUUGUGGGAUAUCUUCCAGUUUAUUUUUCAAACAAAAUCCAAAAAUAAAGUUUGGCACAAGGACGUCUUUAAUAACGUGGAUGCAGACAGUGGGAUUUGUUUAAAAUAAAAGAAAAAAAAAAUAAGCAAAGACACAACAUUCCUUGUGUUGUGAGGAAUUCCCCAUCUGUUUUGUCCACCUCCUAGAAGUUGUUUCUUUUUCAAUAAGUAACCUAGCCCACGUCUUCCCUCCUCCUGCCUGUGGUUCUCCCUCUUCUCAGCUGUGGAUUGGUCACUCCUUGUCAGCCUGGCUUGACACUGAUUUCUGCACUGGAGAAACUGCAUUUCUCUCUGCUUGAAUAUGAAAUGGGCUGGUUGGGAUUAGGGGGAAGUGGCAACUCCGCCUCCCCCAUCAGAUUCAUGACCAGAUUAGUUGUGGAGAUGGAACAAAACAGACAGUACUGGCAGCAUGACAAUAACCAGCAUUGCUGUGGCUCUAAUUUUAGGGUGCAUCCCUAUAGUGGGCUGCUUUGACAAGUCCUCAAGUUCUUCCAUUUAUCAUCAUCUCAAUCAUCAUCAUCAAUCCCUUCGUCCCCCUACCCAGCAUCCACAGCCUCACCAUACAGUACCUUUACACCAUCAUUAUUAUGGUUGCCCAAAUUACAAAGGAAAAUGGGGUUCGGUUGGUGACUUUGUUAACGUAACAGAAUUUGGUGCAAAAUGUUUAAACUGGGUGGAGGUGCCUACUUAUUUGGAGAGGACUCCAGGUAAAGGAUUAGGAGACCACAACUUCUGCAGGAACCCUGAUGGGAGGAGUAAACCUUGGUGCUUCUUCAGGAAUAACCAUAGGAGGGUGGACUGGGGCUACUGUGAUUGCAAGCAAGGGUCAGUGCGUCUUCGGGGCAGCAAAAGUGAGUCCGAGGCUAGUGCCGUGGAGGUAUACAUUAAUGGAACCUGGGGAACUAUUUGCAGCAGCAACUGGGACGAUAAUGAUGCCGCUGUAAUAUGCCGCCAACUUGAACUUGGAAACAAAGGAACUGCUAAGAAAGUGCCAUUAUCUCUUCUGAGUACAAUUCCAACUCUAUGGAAUGAUGUGCAUUGCCAUGGCAAUGAAGAAAAUAUACUACAAUGUGAAAAGAACAUCUGGCAGGGCAAAGCAUGUCCACAGCACAUUGGAGCUGCUGUCACAUGUAGCUUUACACAUGCCACAGACUCUGUGUUCAUUCCAGCCCGUCUGGUUGGUGGGAGCUCUGAUUUUGAGGGUAGGAUAGAAGUCUACCACUCUGGCCAGUGGGGAACAGUCUGUGAUGAUCAGUGGGAUGAUGCUGAUGCAGAAGUGGUCUGUAGACAGCUGGGCUUUGGGGGUGUUGCUAAGGCGUGGAAUCAAGCUCACUUUGGGGAAGGUACAGGCCCAAUUCUUCUGGAUGAGGUCCAGUGUACAGGGAAUGAGCUAUCGAUAGAAGAGUGUCAGAGAAGCCCCUGGGGUGAACACAACUGUGGGCACAGAGAAGAUGCAGGGGUGUCUUGCACACCACUGGCAGAUGGUGCCAUUCGGCUUGCCGGGGGUAAAGGCAGCCAUGAAGGUCGUCUAGAAGUAUUUCACAAGGCACAAUGGGGAACAGUGUGUGAUGACGAAUGGAGUGACCUCAACACACAGGUGGUGUGUCGUCAGCUUGGAUUUAAGCAUGGAAAAAAUGCUUUAGACAAUCGCUUUGAGGAAAGCACUGGAGUGAUCUGGCUGGAUGAUGUCAGCUGCACAGGAAAGGAGUCUACAUUUACACAGUGCUCGAAGAAAGACUGGGGAAGGAAUGACUGCAGCCACCAGGAGGAUGUCCAUAUCACCUGUAACCCUGACAGUGAUUAUCAACGACCUCUCACGGGUCCGCCCUUGAGAUUGAUGGACGGAGAGACAAAGAAAGAAGGACGUGUAGAGAUUUAUCUCAACGGCCAGUGGGGGACAAUCUGUGAUGAUGGAUGGACUGACAAAGAUGCAUCUGUUGUGUGUCGGCAACUUGGCUACAAGGGUCCAGCAAAGGCCAGGACGAUGGCUUAUUUUGGAGAAGGAAAAGGGCCAAUUCAUGUGGAUAAUGUGAAGUGUACAGGAAAUGAAAGGUCUUUGGCAGAUUGCAUCAAGCAAGAUAUUGGAAAACACAACUGUCGUCACAGUGAAGAUGCUGGUGUGAUCUGUGAUUAUUUAAACAAAAAAACAGAUGUUGGGAUUAAAGAAUCUGCACCUUUUGCUUGUGGCAUGAGGUUAUUGCAUCGUCGACCCAAACGUAUCAUUGGUGGAAAAAAUUCCCUAAGAGGUGGCUGGCCUUGGCAGGUAGCUCUGCGGCUAAAAUCUUCUCACAAUGAUGGAAGACUAUUAUGUGGGGCUACUCUAAUCAGCAGCUGCUGGGUUCUCACUGCUGCUCACUGCUUUAAGAGAUAUGGUAACAAUACCCGUAGUUACGUGAUACGCGUUGGGGACUAUCACACUCUCGUUCCAGAGGAAUAUGAAGAGGAUUUGAGAGUUCAACAGAUCAUCAUCCAUAAAGACUACCGGCCAGAUGGCAGUGACUAUGAUAUUGCUCUGAUCAGGCUGCGUGGAUCACUAGAACAGUGUGUGCAGUUCAGCAGUCAUGUUUUACCAGCUUGUCUACCUGUCAGACGUGAUAGGCCUCAGAGAACAGCACCAAACUGUUAUAUCACAGGAUGGGGUGACACAGGACGGUCAUACUCUAGAACUUUACAACAGGCAGCUGUAAGAUUACUUCCGAAAAGGACAUGUGAAGAGAGAUACAAAAGCCGGUUUACAGGAAGGAUGCUUUGUGCUGGAAGUCUUGAAAAACAGAAACAUGUGGAUAGUUGUCAAGGAGAUAGUGGUGGUCCUCUUAUGUGUGAACGCCCAGGGGGUAGUUGGAGUGUUUAUGGGGUAACCUCUUGGGGUUAUGGCUGUGGUGUAAAAGACUCUCCUGGGGUUUACACAAAGAUUUCUACUUUUUUACCUUGGAUUAAAAGUGUGACCAAUUUAUAAUCGGAAGUGGAACCCAAACUUUUUCCAAAGCAUAAGACCAAAUUGUUAUAAAACUUACAUUUUUACCAACAAGGCACUUAAGAGCUAGGCUGUCAUAAUGUCUUAUUACCUCAGGGCAACUAGCAAGUGUUACAUAUUGUAUAGUUUAUUAAUUCAUGUGGAAGAUGUUCACACAUUUUUAUUUAAUGUAAAACCAUUUGCAGCUCUAUCCUGAAGCAAUUUCUGGUAUUGGGAAGUCAGAAAGGCAGCGAUGGGCAGCCUUGACAAGUACACUUGGACAAUUUACUGUUUUUUUUUUUGUUUUUUUUAAAUAUAUAGAAAUGUUUACCUGUAGAUGGAGCUAUGGUAUAGAAAUGUUUUAGUAAUAUUUGACACAAAGUUUCACGGAUGUUCGAACAAUGUUGCAAAGCCUUUUUUUUAUACAAAGUGUUUGAAAUAAUUGGGAAUUUAUUUGAGUCUUGACAACUAUAUGACAUUACAAAUGGAUCUGUAUAACUGAAUUAUUAUUCUUUGGUUAUGGUUAAGAACCAUAUGAUAUUGAAACUCAUGUGUUGUGUAUCUUGUUACUGAUGUAUUAUUUAGGGACUCACUCCUACAAUCCCUUCCAUGCUGUCCAAUUGAACCAGGCAGACCUAUGCUUGGUAGGUCAUUCAUAUAAUCAUUUGUCCAGAUCUAUUAUUAAAGCACAUCAGUCUUGUAGCAUAUGGUGUUCAUAAACACAUUGCUUAAAUAAUGUUUGCUUUAUGUUUUCACAUUGGGAAUAUGGAACAAUAUUCAAGAGAAAGAGACUUCAGUAGUACACAAAGGUUUAUGAACAUGGUAGAAUCAUUUCUAAUAAUUAAAAAUAAAUAUAAUUUUGCAAGUCUUGGUGAAGUACCUAUACGUUUACCUAAAUCAGCAGGAGAUAAAAUACCAGGGUUAACUUAUCUUUUUAUAUAUAAUUUUGUAGUUGACGACUGUGAGCACAUUUACAUGUAUAUUAUUUAAUUUACUUGCAAGCAUUGUUUGUGAUUUAACGGUGUAUUAAAUGAUUAAAAUGGUUCAAA